AUGGAGCAAAUAGUGAGUACAUUUUUCUAUCAACCAUUUACUGAGAGAAGUGAGACAGAUGGUCUACCGAGUUCAUGUGCAGAUUUAGAUGAAUAUGACAGUGGUAAUGAGCAACGCGUCGAUGAAGUCAUUACAAAUGGUAAGAAGCAGGAAGAGUAUAAUAACCACUGACACCAAAAUACAUAACUAUAUGGUAAACCACACUCGUAAUUUUGGUUUGCAUUAAUAAUAUCUGUUAAAAUAUGAUGUUAUUGCAUACCUCACGACAAUUACCGAGAUAAUGUGACCCCAAAAUUACAAUACACUUAUGAUACACAAUGAAACAAUAAAUGCUACAGAUAUAUUUCUACAUACAAAGUUAAAUCAAAACAUAUCCGAUCAAAGACAUUUUUCGGUUCAAAAAUAAUCAAUCGAGAUCAAAAACUCAGAACAAAGACUUUCGAAGCGUUUCUGAGACAUGCUUGUAGAUCAUUGAACUUUUUGUUUUACGCUUCUCGAACAAGACUAAAGAAACAAAGACCCUUAGAUUUAGUCAGGGAAACACGUAUAGCCAUCUAACCUGGCCAAAGCAUCUGCAUUAUAAGCCAAAACUCGCUGAGCAGAAAGCGAACGUUAAAACAGUUUGAUUUAGGGUACGUUUUUGGAAUUUUUUGCAAAAUAUAAUUUCCAUUCGAUGAAGAAAUUAAUAUGUUGUUUAGUUAUUCGUGGUAUAUGCCAAUAAUCUCCCACAAAUCGUGGGAGUGUUUUAGUAAUCAUACAUAUAUCCUGUUUAUAAGAACAAUAUUAUAAUACAAAUUUCAAAUUUCCACUACAAUUAGCCUUCUGUUCUUAUGAGCAUGUUUCCCUUGUUAUGCAUAUCCUUUGUUAAUCACUAUAGCUAUCUAUCGUCCAUUACUACGUGAAUGUACAUAUAUUUGGCAUGCAGUAUAAUGAGAUUGUGUGUCUUGAAACAAUAUAACUACAUGGAAAGUCCAAAGAACACUUUUGAAAUUUCUGUUUCUUCAACUGCAUAGGCAUAGUCGAAUGCAGCAUCGAAGAACUCUUCGCGACUAAUUUAAUUCGCCAUUCUUAUCCGACUAUCAUGUUGAAUGAGUGAGUCAAUCAGCAUCAAAAAGAUCGGACGCAAUACCACUUUAAUCACUUUAAGCCUGCAGCACACGAGAGCUAUCUGCUGAGCAAAAAGUUACUCGUGUCUGUUAGCUCAGCCGAUAGCUCACCGAUCAAACAUGUUUGAUACGUGAGAAAAGGUUGCAUGAGGCAAAAAACUCAGUAAAAUGUACGCGCACACGGUGAGCUAUCGGCUGAGCUAACAGGCACGAGUAACUUUUUGCUCAGCAGAUAGCUCUCGUGUGCUGCAGGCUUUACCACGCAUUUUCUGCAAGUGAAAUCUUCGCUGUUUAUCCGUUAAAAACAACAUCAUGCAUAUAUAUGAAGAGGUUUUUAUAUAUAGGUAGACUCUAUAUAGCUAUACAUGCACCAUAUAUCCUCAUGUAUCUAUAUUUAGGCGCCUCAUUGCCCACAAAGUUGUAUGAGGGCUCGCUUGAUCGAGUUUUCAGUUUGCCAGAUGUAACUGAGCUAGCCAUCGUGAUAGCUCUAUAGAGAUUCGUUGACUGAUAACGAUGCUGCAGAGGUUAUACUAACUUGUCGUCAGUAUCUUUCAACGCUAGAAAUGAGCCACAAGAUCACGUGACAGUGGAGGAAUGUAAGACAGCUUUAGACCAAACACUAUAGAGUCACUGAAGAGAAAACUUGAUAUAUGGGGCCGACCAGAAUUUCCUCAGAAGUGUUUUAAAGCUUCAACAAUGUGCAAAUAAAAUGCCAAAAUCAAAGCUGACAAGCUGUUUUCACAGCUUUGGGGCUGUUGGUGUGUGCCAUAACCAAUUUGCUGCAAUAUCUGUUGUCAGGAAAGCAAAAAGAAGAAAGAUUCCAGUCCAACCAGAGUCUGUCGAAAGCCCGAAAGUUACAAAUGGAACAAGGCGGAGUCAAGCACAAUGACAAACACUAAAGAUCUACCCAUUGAAACCGGUGGCUGA